AUGGCCAGCAGCAGCAGCAUACCACAGAAAAGGGAUCUGGAGCUCUCUCCCGAAGAAGCGUCGCUGUCUACGUCGCCGAAACGAGUGAAAGACGAGGAGAACGGCCCCAGUACGGAUGUGAAGCCGAAGACCGAGAGCUAUGCGACGGAUAAGGCAUUUUUUCUGGAAGCCGAUAUGGGCAUAACGGCCUACAUGGCGCCGGACAUUCCUGGGUUUGAGGGGCUUUUGAAGACACGGUUCUCCGAUUUCCAGGUCAACGAAGUACUCGCGGACGGAACCAUCUGCCACUUGGAGUCGACUGCCGCACCAGCCGUUCCGGAAGAGGAGGCCGUCGAAGCAGUUGAACCGAAUGAGGACGUGGGAUACACAGAAAUCGCCGAGUUAGUCAACGACGAAGCGUUCAUGUCGAACCUGCGCGCAAUGGUCGAAGCCGUCAACGUCAGCCGAGUGCGACCCAACACCCACCCCGAAACAGACGCCACAUUAACCCCAUCAACCGACCCCGAACCCAAACCAGAGCCCGUCCCGCUCCCAGACCCCAUAAGCACGAUCGUCGCCGAAAAGUCCGCACGGACAAAGCUGCACAAGCUCAUCGAAGUGCAUUUCGGCAGCAAGUUGGACAGCCAAGGCGCCGAAGGCGGCGGGCUAUUCGUCCGGCCCAAAACCAAUCAGAAGCGUGGGGACCGCAAUGCCCGCGGUGGAGGCCGAGGCCCGCAGCAGAAGAACUCAUGGGGCCCGCGGCGGAACAACAAGAAGGAGUGGGAGCUGUGGGGUGGGGAGUAUACCGAGUUUACGCUGUAUAAGGAGAACAUGGACACGAUGAAUGCGAUUUCGAAGAUUGCGGCGUAUCUGCGAAUGACGGGCAAGAGCUUCUCCUAUGCGGGAACAAAGGACAAGCGGGCCGUCACCACGCAGAAAGUCACCGUCUCGCGUGUGAUGCCAUGGAGGCUCGAACAGCUCAACAAGGGAUUGAGAGGGAUGCAGAUCGGGGACUACAGACCCAGACAGACCCAAAUGACCCUCGGCGAAUCGCGCGGAAACCACUUCAAGAUCGUCCUCAGAGACGUCCAAAUGACUAACGAACACGACCUCAACCGCGCCAUGUCCUCCCUCCGCGACAACGGCUUCGUCAACUACUUUGGCAUGCAGCGCUUCGGCACGCGGUCGCUGCCCACUUACGCCGUCGGGAUCGCGUACCUCGGUGCGAAUUUCGAGAGGGGAGUGGAGAUGAUUAUGGAGCCUAAGGAAGGGGACCGCCCAGAUGUACUGGAAGCCCGCCGCCUGUGGCGAGAGGAAGGCAACGCGGCUGAGGCGUUGAAGAAGUUGCCGAAGCAUUUACUCGCUGAGCGGUCUAUAUUGCAAUACUUCAAGAGUACGAAGAAUGUCAAUAACUACCUUGGAGCUUUGGAGGCGAUUCCGCGCAACCUGCGCUUAAUGUACCUCCACUCCUACCAAAGCUUUGUCUGGAACAACAUGGCCACCGAGCGGCUAAAACUCUACGGCCCAACCCCCGUCGUCGGCGACCUCGUCGACAUCACCGGCUCCGACCUCGACAUCCCAGACGAGGACGACGUAAACCCAUCCGAUGACGACACCCCCGCUCCCAGAACCUCAAACAACAAACGCACGCGAACCCCCUCCCAAAAAUCAUCACAAAAAAUCCUCACCAUCCAGACCCCCGAACAAGCCGCCCAAUACACCUUCGCCGACGUCGUCCUCCCUUUACCAGGCUACGACGUAGAGUACCCCACCCACGCCCUCCGCUCCUCCUACACGACCUUCAUGGCCCAACACAACGUCGACCCCUUCUCCAUGCACCGGAAACACAAUACGGCCUCCCUCCCGGGUUCCUACCGCAAGAUCAUAUGCAAACCGCGUGAUGUAGCCUGGAAGUUGUUGAGGUACAUCGACCCGGAGUGUGAUCUCGCCAUAACGGAUUUGGAGAGGGUGCAGGGCAGGAAGGAGGUGGAGACGGUGGCGGGUGGGGGCAGGGUUGCGGUUGUGGUGGAGUUUACGUUGGGGGUGAGUCAGUAUGCGACGAUGGCGUUGAGGGAGUGCGCGAAGAUGGAGACCGCUAGUGGGUUUCAUGAGCGGACAUGGGUUGAUAGUCAGAAUAAGAAAGGCAAGGGAGGGAAGGAGGGGGCGAACGAGGAGGAGAAGGAGGCAGGGAAUGGGGAAGGAGGGGUUGCCCCUGAGGAACCUGCGGUGUAG